AUGGCCCUGGUGACCCUGCAGCGCUCGCCCACGCCCAGUGCCGCCUCCUCCUCCGCCAGCAACAGCGAGUUGGAGGCUGGCAGCGAUGAAGAUCGCAAGUUAAACCACAGCUUAAGUGAGAGUUUUUUCAUGGUGAAAGGAGCAGCCCUCUUCUUACAACAGGGAAGCAGCCCUCAAGGCCAGCGGAGUCUUCAGCAUCCCCACAAGCAUGCAGGGGACCUGCCUCAACAUCUUCAAGUAAUGAUCAACCUUCUGCGUUGUGAAGAUAGAAUCAAGCUGGCCGUGCGCUUGGAGAGCGCCCGGGCUGAGCGGGCCCGCUACAUGGUGGUGGUGGACAGCAGCGGGCGCCAGGACACAGAGGAGAGUAUCCUGCUGGGAGUCGACUUUUCCAGUAAGGAAAGUAAAAGCUGUACCAUUGGGAUGGUUCUCCGACUGUGGAGUGACACAAAAAUCCACCUUGACGGAGACGGUGGAUUCAGCGUCAGCACGGCAGGAAGGAUGCACAUCUUCAAGCCCGUGUCUGUCCAGGCCAUGUGGUCUGCCCUGCAGGUCCUCCACAAGGCCUGCGAGGUGGCGCGCAGGCAUAACUACUUUCCCGGGGGCGUGGCGCUGCUCUGGGCCUCCUACUACGAGAGCUGCAUUGGCUCCGAGCAGAGCUGCAUCAACGAGUGGAACGCCAUGCAGGACCUGGAGUCCACGAGGCCCGACUCACCCGCCCUGUUCGCGGACAAGCCAACUGAAGGGGAGAGGACUGAGCGUCUCAUCAAAGCCAAACUCCGGAGCAUCAUGAUGAGUCAGGACCUGGAGAAUGUGACGUCCAAGGAAAUCCGUAAUGAAUUAGAGAAACAGAUGAACUGUAACUUGAAAGAAUUCAAGGAAUUCAUAGACAACGAGAUGCUCCUUAUCUUGGGACAGAUGGACAAGCCCUCCCUCAUCUUCGACCAUCUUUAUCUCGGCUCUGAAUGGAAUGCAUCCAAUCUGGAGGAACUGCAGGGCUCAGGUGUUGACUACAUUUUAAACGUCACUAGAGAAAUAGAUAAUUUUUUCCCUGGCUUAUUUGCGUAUCAUAACAUCCGAGUCUAUGAUGAAGAGACCACAGACCUCCUUGCCCACUGGAACGAGGCGUACCAUUUUAUAAACAAAGCAAAGAGGAACCACUCCAAGUGCCUGGUACAUUGCAAAAUGGGCGUCAGUCGCUCUGCUUCCACGGUCAUAGCCUACGCGAUGAAGGAAUUUGGCUGGCCCCUGGAGAAAGCCUACAACUACGUGAAGCAAAAACGCAGCAUCACACGCCCCAACGCAGGCUUUAUGAGGCAGCUGUCUGAGUAUGAAGGCAUCUUGGACGCCAGCAAACAACGGCACAACAAGCUGUGGCGCCAGCAGCCUGUGGAUGACCCAGCGGGGCCUGGGGACUUCCUGCCGGAGACCCUGGACGGCACCCCGGAAGCCCAGCCGCCCUGCCUGGACGCCGCCGCCCAGCCUGGGUUCCCGGGCAGCGGGACCCCGGGGGGACCCGCUCUCCCCUGCUGUCUCCGGCGACUCUCAGACCCCCUGUUGCACUGCCCCAGAGACGAGAUGGGCGGCUGGGUCCACCUGGAGGAUCUGGAGAGGGAUGCUCUGCUGGAAGAAGCCGCUCAGCCGGCAGAGGCAUCCAAGCCGGCCGGACACGCCCCAGGAGGUCCUGGACUCUGUGAGGAGGAAGUGAAGAAGAAACUGGAGCGUGGGAGCCCCCAGGCCCGGGGUGGCUCGUCGCCGCAGGUGGAGGAGAUGGAAAGGGAGGAGGCCCCGGGUGCAGGGAAGUGGGGGCAGCCUGUUACUGAGCUCGAUAACCUGCUGAAUUGGGAAAACCUAAAUAACAACAACAGCAAGAGGAGCUGCCCAGACGACUUCGAGCAUGAUGCGAUCUUUGGGAUCCUUAACAAAGUGAAGCCUUCCUACAAAUCCUGCUCCGACUGCAUGUACCCUGCAGCCAGCGGGAUUCCCGAGGCCUUCGGGGAGCGAUGCAAGAACCCCGGUGCUCCUGCCAUCUGCACCCAGCCCACCUUCCUGCCCCACCUCACGUCUUCCCCCACGGCCCCUGUGGCCAGCAGGUCCCGAGCUUCAGAGAAACUGUCCUCUGGCCCAACCGAAACUCCCCCAUUCCUACCACCAGCAGGCUCGAGGAGGCCAGACAUCAGUGGCCCUGGGGCCGGGGCUGCCCCAGAGCUACCAGCCAGCCUUUUGGAACCUUCCAGAGAGACUCACAAAGUCCUACCAAAGUCCCUCCUUUUGAAGAGUUCUCACUGUGUUAAGAACGCUCCCAACAUGGAAGUGGCAAAGGACGACUCGCCACCCAAGAAAGAUCCGAAGCCAGCCAAGGACCUGCGGCUCCUCUUCAGUAAAGAAGCUGAGAGGCCGACAGCCAACAGCUACUUGAUGCAGCACCAGGAAUCCAUCAUCCAGCUGCAGAAGGCGGGCUUGGUCCGCAAGCACACCAAAGAGCUAGAGAGGCUGAAGCGCACGCCGGCCGGCCUGGCGGCCCCCUGCAAGGACAGCCCCACCGGCAGGCUGGAGGCCAGCAUCCCCGAGGAGAACCAGGACCCGGCUCUGCCUGGCCAAGCCCAGGGCGAUGAGAAGCCCGAGGCUGGCCCCCGUCCGUCAGAAGGAACCCCACUGAAGAGCCCCCCACUCUUCCUCUGCCGCCCAGACCACACCAGUCACUUCUCAAAAGACUUCCUGAAGACCAUCUGCUACACCCCGACCUCAUCCUCCAUGAGCUCCACCCUGACCCGGAGCUCAAGCAGCGACAGCAUCCACAGCGUCCGGGGGAAGCCCGGGCUGGUGAAGCAACGCACGCAGGAGAUCGAGACGCGGCUCCGGCUGGCGGGCCUCACGGUCUCGUCCCCGCUCAAGCGCUCUCACUCCCUUGCCAAGCUCGGGAGCCUCAACCUCUCGACAGAGGACCUGUCCAGUGAGGCCGACGUGUCCACCGUGGCUGACUCCCAGGAUGCCAGGUUGAGCGAGUCUUCCUUCUUGCAUGAGCCCCCAGUGGCCCCCAGGAACCCAACUGCAACCUCUAAACCGUCAGGGAAAUCUGCCCCGGAAAACUUGAAAAGCCCUUCGUGGAUGAGCAAAAGCUGA